UAAAGCUUGGCUUCCUCAGUCAGCGUCGCUUAUUGCUCCAUGAGCCGAAUGCCAUGACCCCAACGGAGCACCUUUGCUCCCAAAAAUGCUUGGAUGCUCGAUAGAACUCGAUGGACCCAAUGUCCGCGUUAUCUGCCCGCGCAAUGAGGCGUUGAAGAGAUAACAGGUGCUCAGCGUGUCGGCGAGCUGGCUAGAGCGUGCAACUGUCGUGAUGGAUACAAAAUGAGGGCUCCUCCUUGAGGAUUUUUUUCUCUGGCACUCAAGGUUGCAGCGCUAAUCCUCAGUACGAAGAGGAUUGAUCCUGACCCGAGGGCAAAAGAACGAGUCUAGAAAAAAAAAUUCCUGCUAGUCUCCUCACGACUAGAUUUAACCAGCCCACUCUUCCGAACAUCCCGUCUUGCGAGUUCCAUCCCUACUCGUGCCCCCCAGGAUGGGUUAUCAAGAAUAUGUCCACAAGAUCAACGCAGCAGUUGCGAGGAGCAAGAUUGGGUACUACUUCCGCCUCGAUGGCUCUGGACAUCCAAAGGAGCGCAAAGGCUCCUACUUUUUCACCGAGCUUAGAGCAGGCUUGGCGACAUUUUUCGCUAUGGCCUACAUCAUCUCUGUGAACGCUGCCAUUGUGUCCCAGUCCGGGGGUACAUGUGUUUGUCCAAGAACGGAGGCCGAUCCAGUCUGCGACAACGACACGGAGUAUAUGCUUUGCGUGCAGGAAGUCCAACGCGAUCUCGUCACGGCUACUGCUGCCAUUGCUGCUUUAACCACGUUCUGCAUGGGUCUCUUUGCUAAUAUGCCGAUUGCUCUUGCACCAGGCAUGGGUCUGAAUGCUUAUUUCACGUACACGGUCGUCGGAUAUCAUGGCUCUGGCCUCAUUCCGUACGAAGUCGCGUUGACUGCCGUUUUCGUGGAAGGUUUUGUCUUUGUGGGCUUGACAUUAAUCGGUCUACGGCAAUGGCUUGCUCGAGCCAUUCCUCAUAGCAUCAAGCUCGCAACGGGUGUCGGCAUUGGUCUCUAUCUUACAAUCAUUGGUCUCACCUAUUCUGCGGGCAUCGGUUUGAUCACCGGUGCUGUAGACACUCCUGUGGAGCUUGCCGGUUGUGCUCCUGAAUACAGAGAUCCAGACACCGGCCUCUGCCCCUCAUCUCAAAAGAUGCGCAGCGCAACCAUGUGGAUUGGCAUUUUCUUGAGCGGUAUACUUGUCGUCAUCCUCCAGAUGUACAGGGUCAAGGGCGCUAUCAUUAUGGGCAUUUUGCUCGUCUCGAUCAUUUCCUGGCCACGUCCGACCCCGGUCACCUAUUUCCCCAAAACCGAGCUAGGAAAUUCCGCAUUCGACUUCUUCAAGAAGGUGGUGACUUUCCACCCAAUUACCCGCAUUCUUGAUGUUCAACGAUGGGACAUCUCCGGCUACGGCGGUCAAUUCGGUCUCGCUUUCAUCACUUUCCUCUACGUCGAUAUUCUCGAUGCUACAGGUACCCUGUACUCCAUGGCGCGUUUUGCUGGUGCCAUCGAUGAAAAGACCCAAGAUUUUGAGAACUCCGCCAUAGCCUACUCAGUCGAUGCACUUGGUAUUUCGAUUGGCAGUCUCAUGGGAACUCCUCCUGUCACUGCGUACAUCGAAUCUGGUGCAGGUAUUUCCGAAGGCGGCGCGACCGGUCUCACUGCCAUAACUUCAGGUUUCUGCUUCUUUAUAGCGAUAUUUUUCGCACCAAUCUUUGCAUCUAUCCCUCCAUGGGCUACUGGUCCCGUUUUGGUCAUCGUCGGCUCUCUUAUGACGAAAGCCGCAAAGGAUAUCAACUGGAGUUACCUCGGCGAUGCUGUUCCAGCUUUCAUAACCAUUGCCGUUAUGCCAUUCACAUAUUCCAUCGCAUAUGGUUUGAUUGGUGGUAUCAUGUCAUACAUACUUAUCAAUACUGUCGUCUGGCUCAUUGAACUGGCGUCUGGAGGGCGAAUCGUGCCAGCGGACAAGGAGCUUAAGGAUCCAUGGACUUGGAAAAUCCCUGGUGGCUUUCUUCCUCCGUACCUUCAACGUGCUCUCAAGGGUAAAAAAGACUUCUGGCGUGACUGGGACGUCAAGGAUGGGCAGGAGGUUGACUCCAGCGUCAAACGUAACUCUGAUGAGGGGGUUCACAGCAUUAGCAUUGAAAACACUGAGAAGCGAGAUGCGCCAGUGGCCGCACAUGAUGUUGAGCCUCAAAAAUGAUAGGCUUGCUUGAUCUGUUUUUUUAAUAUCAAACGAUCUUGUAUGAUGAGAAUCCAAGCACCACCAAUGCCUGGCACGCGAUACCCUCGCUUAGUUUUGAUCAUGAUGUAGUUUUACUUUCACUAAGUACAAACUUCUAUUUGAAGCUAUUAGGACUAUGGCAAUCUGAUAAGAGAAUAUUCACUGCUCCA